AUGCCAUUGUAUUUAAAUAUCAGCACGGGUUUAUAUAAUAAUUUUCAAACCACUAAGAUAUCAUUUAAUUUGGAUACGUUGUUUUUAAAUUGGAAUACCUCCUUUCCGGCCGUGACUGUAUGUGAGUUGUAUAAUGGUGAAAAGUUAUGGGAUCUGAGUGAACAAUAUUUCGGUGUCGACCAUGAUUUGCUGUUGGACGAUGUGGUUGGUGAAAUUGUCUAUUUUCAAGGUAGCUGCACCUCGUGUGACGCUUGUGAAAGUCAAAAUAUAACAUGUCCACGGAAUUUUACGCAAUUGCUGUCGAUGUUUCGCAGCAACUGUACGGAAUUGAUUGGAAAUUGCAAAUACAACAACAAUUUUAUUGAAUGUUGUGACCACUUCCAACCACUGCGAACUGAAUAUGGACUCUGUUUCGCCUUCAAUUCCAAUCAAGCCAACAAAAUUUCCGAAAUCCAAUAUAUAAAUAAUCGUGAAGUGGGCGCCGGCUUCCUAACCUUUGAAGUAACUGCUGAUAUACAAUUAUUUCUACACUCACCCUUUGAAAUACCAUUUCUCACGGCAGAGGGUAUGAUCCGCGAAACGGUGCUCUUGGGUUUGAAUAAAGAAAUUAUUAUCACUGCCAUGGAAGUCUACAAUCAUCCCAGUUUGGAUAGUAUUGAUAUGGAGGAACGGAAGUGUCGUUUCUUUACCGAGCUUACUGAAUUAGGGAGGCAUUUGGAACUCUAUAGUUUUUAUAGUUUCUCGACAUGUGUGGUGGAAUGUGCAUUUUCGAUACAUUUGAAAUUCUGCAAUUGCAGUAAUCAUUUUUUGGCAAAGGAAGGAUCACCUCACUAUCAUAUGUGUGACUAUGAGGGACUUAUGUGUCUAACCGAUUUUUAUUAUGAUAUAUUGGAGGAACGUCGCCAGUGUGAUUGCCUCAGUCCUUGUGAUGAACCAGAAUAUAAUAUUAUAUUUAAUUCAGAAGGUGGCAAGAGAAAAAAGGAUAUGACCAAAAUACGUAUUGCUUUGGCGGAAUUACCAACCAUGCGCUAUGUGCGAAAAGUUUCGAAAACUAAUUUGGAUUUAUUAAUUUCUCUUGGAGGAUUGGCUGGUCUAUUUUUCAACGUUUCACUAAUACGCAUUGUCGAAGUGAUAUUUCUCUUGUGGGAAUACAGAUGGAGAACAACAUUAUAUUUGUGUAUAUUAAAUUCUAGUUAA